AAAGGGCGCACGGCGGGGCGCGCGCUCCACUCUGCAGAAAGUACCUCCGCCGGCCUUGCCGUGCGCCUGCGCAGUGUGGGCCGCUCCCGCCCCCGGCCCCGCCGUCGCUCCUUCGCCGGCCGGCCCGGCCUUACCUCGGCCUCGGCCCUCACCCCUCUCUCAGCCGCCGGUCUGCCCGCAGCAGCCAGCACCGCGUCCAGAAGCAUGUUUAGCUGGGUCAGCAAGGAUGCCCGCCGCAAGAAGGAGCCGGAGCUCUUCCAGACGGUGGCCGAGGGGUUGCGGCAGCUGUACGCGCAGAAGCUGCUGCCCCUGGAGGAGUACUACCGCUUCCACGACUUCCACUCGCCCGCCCUGGAGGAUGCCGACUUCGACAACAAGCCCAUGGUGCUCCUGGUGGGCCAGUACAGCACAGGCAAGACCACCUUCAUCCGGCACCUGAUCGAGCAGGACUUCCCGGGGAUGCGCAUCGGGCCGGAGCCCACCACCGACUCCUUCAUCGCGGUCAUGCACGGCCCCACCGAGGGCGUGGUGCCCGGCAACGCGCUGGUCGUCGACCCGCGGCGACCCUUCCGCAAACUCAACGCCUUCGGCAACGCCUUCCUCAACAGGUUCAUGUGUGCCCAAUUGCCCAACCCCGUCCUGGACAGUAUAAGCAUCAUCGACACGCCUGGAAUCCUCUCCGGCGAGAAGCAGCGCAUCAGUAGAGGGUACGACUUUGCAGCAGUCCUGGAGUGGUUUGCCGAGCGUGUGGACCGCAUCAUCCUGCUCUUUGACGCCCACAAGCUAGACAUCUCUGACGAGUUCUCGGAAGUCAUCAAGGCCCUGAAGAACCACGAGGACAAGAUCCGCGUGGUGCUCAACAAGGCCGAUCAGAUCGAGACCCAGCAACUGAUGCGGGUCUAUGGGGCCCUCAUGUGGUCCCUGGGGAAAAUCAUCAACACCCCCGAGGUGGUGCGGGUGUACAUCGGCUCCUUCUGGUCCCACCCGCUGCUCAUUCCCGACAACCGCAAGCUCUUUGAGGCCGAGGAACAGGACCUCUUCAAGGACAUCCAGUCUCUGCCCCGAAACGCUGCCCUCCGUAAACUCAACGACCUGAUCAAGCGAGCACGGCUGGCCAAGGUCCAUGCCUAUAUCAUCAGCUCCCUCAAGAAGGAGAUGCCUAAUGUCUUCGGGAAGGAGAGCAAGAAGAAGGAGCUAGUGAACAACCUGGGCGAGAUCUACCAGAAGAUUGAGCGGGAGCAUCAGAUCUCCCCUGGCGACUUCCCCAGCCUCCGCAAGAUGCAGGAACUUCUCCAGACCCAGGACUUUAGCAAGUUCCAGGCCCUGAAACCUAAGCUGUUGGACACGGUGGACGACAUGCUGGCCAACGACAUUGCCCGGCUGAUGGUGAUGGUGCGCCAGGAGGAGUCCCAGAUGCCCUCCCAGGCUGUGAAGGGCGGCGCCUUCGAAGGCACCAUGAACGGGCCCUUUGGGCAUGGCUAUGGCGAGGGGGCUGGCGAGGGCAUUGACGACAUUGAGUGGGUGGUGGGUAAGGACAAGCCCACCUAUGAUGAGAUCUUCUACACCCUGUCGCCCGUCAACGGCAAGAUCACAGGGGCCAAUGCCAAGAAGGAGAUGGUCAAGUCCAAGCUGCCCAACACGGUACUGGGAAAGAUCUGGAAGCUGGCUGAUGUGGACAAGGACGGGCUGCUGGACGACGAGGAGUUCGCCCUGGCCAACCACCUCAUCAAGGUCAAGCUAGAAGGUCACGAGCUGCCCGCUGACCUGCCCCCACACCUGAUCCCGCCCUCUAAGCGGAGGCACGAGUGACCGCCCACCACCCAGCCAUCUCGGCACCUGGCUGCCCAAGGCCCGGGAGGGCGGAGGGGCGGAUCACCAGUUCUCGAGGUCCAUAAAGACUGAGCCAUACUUCCUCAGCUCUUGUAAAGGAAAACCACCAUCUUUCUUUUAAGGCUGUUCCUGGGCCAAUGGGGGAGGCAGGGUGACACAUGUGAAUGAUGGAAUUUUGUGCACAAGAACUAUGGAUAUUUUUAAUAUAUAACGUUAGAGGCAGUAUUCGUUCUUGCCUCCUCCUCUGUCUGGCAGCCCCACAUGCACCUUUCUUCUCUCCCUCCCUUCCCUCUGGCUCCAGCCUGGCUGCGCAGCG